ACCAGUUCGUAUUUUUCUGAGAUAUUGUCAAGUUUGCAUUCAAAAGGUCAACAUGUUCAAGGCUGCACUUUUGGUCUGCGCUCAGGCGCUCUUGAUCCAGUCUAUCGCUGGACAAUGCAACGGAGCUGGAUGGGGAUGGGGUGCUCCCUUGGCCGCUGCUGCACCUUACGGUCUCGGCGCUCCUCUGGCUGGUGGUUGUGGUUGCGGUGUUGCUGGGAUCCCAGCCUCUAGCGGUGGUGGUCUCGGUGUGUCAAGUGCUUCUCCUAUCCCACCAAACGGAGUGUCUGUGCUCUCAGAAAACGCUAUUGAAGGAGCUCUAGCAGUCGCCGGUGCUUUACCUUUCUUGGGAACCGUUGGUCUGGAAGGUGUUCUGCCAACUGCUGGUGCAGGUGCUGUCAACUACGGAUGCGGUAACGGUGCCGUCGCCAUUUUGGAAGAAAUUGCCCCCGCUGGUAUUGCUGGCCCACUAGGCUACGGCCUUGGCCCUUAUGGUGCUAUUGACGGAAUCGGCUACGGUGCUUUCGGUUACGGUAUCGGUCCACUGGCUGGACUUAACCGUGCUGGUUGCGGCUGUGGCGGCUUCAUCUAAACACGAAGACGACGACGACGAUGACGACGUUAUCCUCAUGUCAAAUAAAAACGCUCUGUGAAUAGA